AUGGCGACAACAAAUAUAACGGGACCACAGACAAAAACAUUUGAAAGAUUGAUAUGCUCUCCGGUUUGGGAAGUUGAUUUGAAACAACAUUCCAUUUCAUUCUCAGCAGUCAACAUUCUCCUCUCCAUCACAGCUACUCUUGCGAACUCUCUUAUCCUUGUUGCCCUUCACAAGGAAUCUUCCCUCCAUCUGCCAUCCAAACUCUUGUAUCGUUGUCUGGCAACAUCUGAUCUGUUGGUUGGUGUUGUUAACCAUCCUCUCUAUGCUGCCUAUUGGAUGUCCUUGGCUCACGAACACUGGAGUCUUUGUCGAUACGCGAGGAACGCAGGCUACAUAUCAAGCUUUACAUUGUGUGGAGUUUCUCUGUUUACAACGGCGGCCAUAAGCGUGGACCGACUUCUCGCCAUGUUGUUGGGACUGAGAUACAAAGAGAUUGUAACUUUGAGGCGCACGUAUAUCAUUUUAGCUAUCGUUUGGAUUGGAUGUUUAAUCGCUGGUUCAUUCUCUCAUCUAAAUUAUCGUACAAUCUUUUGGUACACCUUUACAAGUAUAUUAUCUUGCCUGGUAAUCUCAAUCGCCUCGUACACAAAGAUUUUCCGCGCCCUCAGUCAUCAUCAGGCUCAGAUACAAGAUCACGCUCGACAACAGCCGAUGCAACCCAAAGCACUGAACAUGGCGCGAUACAGAAAGGCAGUGUACAGUGCACUGUGGGUGCAGUUAGCAUUAGUUGUCUGUUAUGUACCAAAAUUCACAGUAGAAAUUGUGAUCUUUCUUAGUGCAACGAGAUUUUCGAAUUUUUUCUUAAUCUACGGAAUGGCAAAUGUAUUAGUGUUCUUUAACUCUACUUUAAACCCGUUCCUUUACUGCUGGAAGAUAAGUGAAGUGAGACGAGCCGUAAAACAGACAAUCAGACAAGCAAUCUGC